CAUCACGUGCUGCCACCUCCCUGCCGGACCCUCGCAGCGGUAGGUGCAGCAGUGGGGCCUGACCGCUGCAUGUCCUCCCAACAAUCGCCUUACGCCUCAGCACACGGGCGCCGCUUGGCUGGCCUUUAGGCACAGCAUGGGGCGCCUCUCCGGGAUUACCAGGCGUGGGGGACUCGGGAGCUGUGCUGCGGCGGCCUGCGUGGAAGGGCUUCACCUGCCGCACACGCAGAGCUGGCCUCGCCUGGCAGGCGGCAGAGGGUCCUGCUGAAAUCCAGCACGCGGUGUGGGUCCCGUCCUGUCUCCAUGGCAGCACGGAGUAUUCAUUACACUUGCUGCAAGUUGUGACUCCGGAACAGGUGGACUUUAGAGCUUGAUCAGGCAGAAAGGCGGAGGCGGAAGACGCGAGAGGAGAGGGCUGCUGCAGGAUUUGUCUCACGCAGGAGAAAGCAAAAGGCCAGCCAUGGCAAAAUUUCUGUCCCACGAUCAAAUCAACGAGUUCAAGGAAUGUUUUUCCCUUUAUGAUAAGAAGCGCAAAGGCAAGAUAAAGGCCAGCGACCUGCUCACAGCCAUGCGCUGCCUGGGGACCAGCCCCACCCCAGGGGAAGUGGCCAGGCACCUUCAGCUGCACAAGGGGGAUGGCAGUGCAGAGCUGGAUUUUUCAGACUUCCUGACUAUAAUGUACAGGCAAAUGCAGCAGGAAGAGCCCAGAAACGAAAUCCUCUCAGCCAUGUCCAUGAUGGACAAGCAGAAGACCGGAUUCAUCGCGGCGGCAGAACUGAGGGCCAAGCUGAUGAACCUCGGAGAAAAGCUGUCCAAGGAGGAGGUGGACAACCUUUUGAAGGAGGCCAAAGUGGGGCACAAUGGAAUGGUAAAGUAUGAAGACUUAGUUCAAUCCAUCACACUUCCUGUUGUGGACUACUGAAUGACGAACAGAGAACUGGCCUAUGGCGGCUCGCGGCGUUGCUUGAGGCACUUUUGAAGCUGGAAUCUCUACUGCAUAUUUGCCUUAGCAAAAUAAACGUGUUGCCUUAUGAUGACUGACCUGUUUUAAAAUGUGCAAUGAAAAUAUAAUCUUGCUAUUCAAGUGUAAUAUGGGAUUGGCAAAUUGCACUGUUCCAACAGGCAGAAUACGGCCAGAACAAACUGAGCGCGCUGCAUGAAACCAGGAUAAACAAGCUAGCAAAAA